GUAAAUGAAUAAAAAUCCCAUCCAUGACCUUUUUGAUGAGCAGACCGAAUCUAAAAGACCAAAAAUAAAACCCCAAAAACUUUCGACGCUGUCGCGCGUACCAAAUCAAAAAAGCACCCGCUCAUUUUUAUGCAUGUGUUUUUCGAGUUGAGGUAUUCCUGAGAUCAGUUUCUGAUUCUGAUGCCAGAAAUCAACUCCCUCAAACCCAUCAUGUACGAAGGCGGUAGUACCUCAAAUCCUAUUCUGCUAUGUUAUCUACAAUCUGGAUCUCUUUGAUUACGACUAUUCAACGUUUUAUCUUCAACCGUGCGUAGUUCUUAUUGCGAGCUUCAGAAUUGGGGCGGCAGCUUUGUCACCAUUUCAUAUUUAUUCGUGGAAUUCCAGCAUAUUGGGAUCAAAUGACAGAAGGAGUCUCAAGAGGUCAAAACAGAACAUGUUUCCAGAAGAAAACACUUAACAACUGUGGGAUAAAUGGGAAUCUUGAUAAUAUUGUUCUCAUUGAUGUUGACAGUGAUAGGCUCAAUGAUGUGAUAGUCAUUGAUGCGCCCAAGGGUUUACAGCAGCAAUGUGAAGGUUCUAGAAUACGUAGAGAAGUUAAAAAAUACCCUUAUGGGAGCAUAAUAAGCAUAGACGAUGAUGAUGGUGACGAUGUGGAUCAACCUGGUGGCAAUAUGGAAAGUGGUAGUGAUAGCGAUGCCACUUCCAGCAAAAGUUGUCCUGUGUUCUCCCAUAUGAAAAUUGAAGUAGAUAAUGAUGAAUGUCGAGUUAUUCAUGAAAAAAAGUCUGGAUUCAAGUUGUCAAAGUGCCAGAAAUCCUACACCUGGAAAUAUCCGUGUAGAAACCGUUAUGGUCUGAAUAAUGAUUCUGAGAGUGAUUCUUCAGAUUCCGAUUCUUCGGAUUGUGAAUUUAUGGAAGGGUCUUCUGGCAAGCUUCGUGAACAGUGGGAGAAAGCUUCAAUUAGGAGAAAAGGUAAUGCUUACGAUGGUAAUUCGGGUUUUGAUGCUCAGGCCACUGCCUCUGCCUCCCAUGGUGAUGUUCAUCCAAAGGUUGAUGCUGGAAAUGGGUAUGGAAAACAAUCAGAAGAACCUCCUUGCACAAGUUCAAGAAGUACAGAUUUUGAGAAAGGAUUUUUUACUUCCUUUGGUCCUACUGUUGAUGAUGCAUCUCUUGAUACCCAUAUGGAAUUUUAUCAGAAGAUCAAUCAGGAUGUUUAUGGGAAGGAUGAUGUUUGCUUAAAUGGAGAAACAUGUAUUGGUGCUAAUUUAAGCACCUCUGUACCGCAGAAUGAUGUUGGAUGCAGUGAUGGGCGUGGCUCUAGUGGUCAUGAUGAGCAAUACCACUCUCAGGGACUCUCUUCAUGGUCCAAUGGGGAACAUGGUGAUAGACAAGAUAAUCAUUCAAAAGCUUUUCAUCGAGAUAGGUCGGGAAACACUGCCGAUGAACAUUCCUUUUCUAAUUCCCAGUCAAGGCCAGAUGUGUAUUGUGAUAAUUUUAAAGCUAGUCUUCAGGAUGAACAAGAUGGAGAUAUUCCUUUCUGCAAUGAACAAGAUUCUCAUGAAACAGAUAACAUCCAUCAUGAAAGAGAUAAGUUGGAGAAAACGAAUGAGUUUUUCAAAGAGAUACCAGUUUCUGGAGAACAAUUGGUCUCAAAUGCUCAACCAUCCGAUUGGACGUUUACAAAAGUCGUAAGUCCCUCUGAGUACAAAGUUAGAGCCAUUCCAGAAAAAUCCAUAAGCAAUGGUCAGCAUUGUGAAAUACAAAAUCAGCAAGGGAAACCAAGUUCAUCAGAAUCUAAGCAGCCAUCUAUUGAUUCUACAUCUACCAAUAAGCUAUGUCAUGGAAUGGACCCAUUACAGACUCAAGGUGGUGAUUUUAUACCUGCUGCUUCAAUUGAUAUAAUAAAUGAACGUGAAAAGCUGAAGGAGACCAAUGAAUACAAGCGAGUUGUAGAAGAAGAAUGGGCUUCAAGGCAGAGGCAAUUGCAAAUUCAGGCUGAAGAGGCUCAGAGGUUGCGGAAGAGAAAAAAAGCUGAAAGCAUGCGAUUGUUAGACAUGCAAAGAAGACAAAAGCAGCGUGUUGAAGAAGUGAGAGAAACACAGAAGAAGGAUCAGGAGGAUUUGAACUUGAAAGAGAAGUUUCGUGCUGAAGUAAGGAACGAGCUUUGUAAAUUGGAAAAAAUAUGCAUUGAUAUGGCCUCAUUACUCCGUGGGUUGGGUAUUCAUGUCCCAGGAGGUUAUCGUCCCUUGUCACACCAGGUUAACGCUGCUUAUAAACAAGCCUUGCUAAGAUUUCAUCCUGACCGAGCAUCGAGGACUGACAUUCGCCAGCAGGUGGAGGCAGAGGAAAAGUUUAAGCUUAUUUCUCGCAUGAAAGAGAAGCUUUUGAUGACUUCAUUUCACUAAAUGAUAAUGAACGGUUCAUGUUUUAAUACGACGUGUAUUCUUUUGUAAGCAUGUUGAACACUGUUGCAAGAUAGGGCUUUCCUUUUGAAAGGGAGAGGGGGGAUUCGAAUCUUAGUCAUUAGGGUGAUGCACACCAUCCUUAUCACUACAACUAAUGGCUCGGGUGUUAGGGUUUUUUUGUCAAAGAUUUCUAUAUAAUAUUUAUAUUUAUUAGGUAGCCAUUCCCAUGCAAGCAAUGUAGGCUUUUGCAAUUCUGUUUGUUUGGCGUAGGAAUCAUUGUCUUUUAGGUGUUUUCCUUUUAAAAUUUUAUUUUAUUUUUGGUGGAUAAAGUAA